AAGUCCGCGCAAUUUGCCUGUGAUACUGAGUGGAGAAUGAAUGGUCAUGUAAAGAGCAUGCAUUUUCAACAGUUUAUGGAACUAGCAACAACAUUACUCUCUUUCCUGCUGGUUAUGGCUGUUGAUUCAACAAGAACUGCGGCAGCAAGCAGAAACCAGCAGUGUGGGAAUUCUCUGCAACGGACUUCGAAUCUCACCAGACUCGUACACAAGGAAUCUGUCGAUCUAAUCAAAACAUACAAAGCUUCUCAAGGAGAGAUGUCAGAGCUCUUCUGCAAGGUGUCAGUUAACAACAUCCCUGACCCCAACAUCUCUGGCAUGGAGCCCUCAGAGAGGAUAGUGAGCAUCUACACACAUCUCCAAGCCUUCUUCCCACAUUUGAAACGGGUGUACGAGCAGCAGACAGACUUACAGUUACCCACGAGCCAACUGCUGACCCAGCUCAACCACGUCAGUGGUCACAGUAAGAACCUGGCUGCUCUCGUAAAAAUAUUUUAUCAGAGCCUCUUCCCAAACCUGCCUGUGCCAGUGCCAGCAGGGGGGCCGACGACACUACCUCCGCCUCAGAACGUGUUCCAGCAGAAGGUCUAUGGCUGCGUGGUCCUGAAGACCUACAAAGAGUUCCUAUCAAAUGUUUCCCAAGAACUGAAAACUCUAAGGAGCCAAGUCUGCAGGAGGAGGAAACAAAUAAACACCCUACUUCUCAGGAUGACCUAAGGCUGGCCUUGGACAGUCAGUGCCCAACUAUACUUACACUCACUGGGUUUUGAUAAAGACUUAAAAAGAAAUGUGAGUAUGAAGGUGGCUGGUACAUCAGUGUAAUGGAGCCUAUUUAUGGUAUUUAAUAUUUAUUUUCUUGUGUUUCUGAUAAAAGGAAUGUUGUUAAAAGAUGAAGAGUAUAAAGGUUAUCUCUAUGCAAGUUAUGUAUAUUUAAUAUAAUAUGUUAUGUAAGGUUCUACUUUGCUGUUGUAAACUUAUUAACUGCGUACAGAAUUAUUUAAAGAUAGUUUGCAGCUGCACUUUGUAAUCUUUGAUUUCUUUUAUUUGGUUUCCACAAUAAUGUACAAUUUCAGUAACAUGGGAGUGUCUGGAAAAAAGAUGAUCUUGAAAAAAAGAAAACAGAUGUUUAUGCUUUACAUGUGUCUCCUUAUAUCUGUUUACACUGUUAAUAAAAUUUUUUUUA